AUGAACUUACACAUAAGCUUCAUAUUAUCUAAAUAUGUGUUGUUAUUUUACUCAGAGGAUCUUCUAAAGUGUCAGCCUAACCUGAAGAAGAAGUUCCAGUUUGUGUUUGGAGGGAUCACUAAAGCAGGAAACCCAACCCUUCUUAAUCAGAUUUACAUAGAGCUCUACAUCACAGAGGGAGGGACUGUAGGGGUCAGUGAUGAACAUGAGGUCAGACAGACUGAAACAGUAUCCAGGAAACCAGACAGACCAGAAACAACAAUCAGACAAGAAGACAUCUUUAAAGCCUCAUCUGUUAAAGAUAAACCAAUAAGAUCAGUGCUGACAAAGGGAGUGGCUGGCAUUGGGAAAACAGUCCUAACACAGAAGUUCACUCUGGACUGGGCUGAAGACAAAGCCAACCAGGACAUCCAGUUCAUGUUUCCAUUCACUUUCAGAGAACUGAAUGUGCUGAAAGAGAAAAAGUUCAGCUUGGUGGAACUUGUUCAUCACUUGUUUCCUGAAACCAAAGAAGCAGGAAUCUGCAGCUUUGAAGACUUCCAGGUUGUGUUCAUCUUUGAUGGUCUGGAUGAGUGUCGAUUUACUCUGGACUUCCACAAAACUACAAUUCUGACUGAUGUUACAGAGUCCACCUCAGUGGAUGUGCUGCUGAUAAACCUCAUCAGGGGGAAACUGCUUCCUUCUGCUCGCCUCUGGAUAACCACACGACCUGCAGCAGCCAAUCAGAUCCCUCCUGAGUAUGUUGGUGUGAUGACAGAGCUCAAUGGAUUCACUGACCCACAAAAGGAGGAGUACUUCAAGAAGAGAUUCAGAGAUAAGAACCAGGUAACCAAGAUCUUCUCCCACAUCAAGACAUCACAAAGCCUCCACAUCAUGUGCCACAUUCCAGUCUUCUGCUGGAUCACUGCUACAGUUCUGGAGGAUGUGCUGAAAACCAGAGAGGGGGGAGAGCUGCCCAAGACCCUGACUGAGAUGUACAUCCACUUCCUGGUGGUUCAGGCCAAAGUGAAGAAGGUCAAGUAUGAUGGAGGAGCUGAGACAGAUCCACAUUGGAGUCCAGAGAGCAGGAAGAUGAUCGAGUCUCUGGGAAAACUGGCUUUUGAUCAGCUGCAGAAAGGAAACCUGAUCUUCUAUGAAUCAGACCUAACAGAGUGUGGCAUCGAUGUCAGAGCAGCCUCGGUGUACUCAGGAGUGUUCACACAGAUCUUUAAAGAGGAGAGAGGGCUGUACCAGGACAAGGUGUUCUGCUUCAUCCAUCUGAGUGUUCAAGAGUUUCUAGCUGCUUUAUAUGUCCAUCUGACCUUCAUCAACUCUGGAGUCAACCUGCUAGAAAAACAGCAAACAUCCUGGUGGUCUAAACUUUUGCAAAAUAAACCUAAAAGGAAAAAUCUCCACCAGAGUGCUGUGGAUAAGGCCUUACAGAGUCCACAUGCACACCUUGACUUGUUCCUUCGCUUCCUCUUGGGUCUUUCACUUCAUACCAACCAGAUUCUUCUACAGGGUCUACUGACACAGACAGGAAAUAGCUCACUGAACAGUCAGGAAACAGUCCAGUACAUCAAGAAGAAGCUCAGUGAGAAUCUGUCUGCAGAAAGAAGCAUUAAUCUGUUCCACUGUCUGAAUGAAAUUAAUGAUUGUUCUCUAUGGGAGGAGAUCCAAAAGUCUUUGAGUUCAGGAAGUCUUUCACAACAAAAACUGUCUCCUGCUCAGUGGUCAGCUUUGGUCUUCAUCUUACUGUCAUCAGAAGAUUUGGAUGUGUUUGACCUAAGGAAAUGCUCUGCUUCAGAGGAGGCUCUUCUGAGGCUGCUACCAGUGGUCAAAGUAACCAGGAAAGCACUUCUGAGCUCUUGUAAUUUUACAGAGAGAAGCUGUAAAACUCUGUCCUCAGUUCUCAGCUCCCAGUCUUCUAGCUUGAGAGAGCUGGACCUGAGUAACAAUGACCUGCAGGAUCCUGGAGUGAAGCUUCUGUCCGCAGGACUCGAGAAUCCACAAUGCAAACUGGAAACUCUGAGUCUUUCAGGUUGUCUUAUCACAAAGGACAGCUGUGCUUCUCUGGCCUCAGCUCUGAGAUCUAACCCUUCCCAUCUGAGAGACCUUGACCUGAGCUAUAAUCAUCCAGGAGACUCAGGAGUGGCUCUGCUGUCAGCUAGACUAGAGGACCAACAAUCGAAACUGAAAAACCUUAGGGUGAGGCCUGCUGGAGUCCGAUGGUUGAGACCAGGUCUGAGGAAGUAUAUCUGUGAACCCACACCCAGCGCAAACACAAUACAUACAAAGAUCAAGCUGUCUGACAACAACAGGAAAAUGACAUUGGUGAAGGAGGAUCAGUCAUAUCCUGACCAUCAUGACAGAUUCGAGCUUCCUCAGCUGCUCUGUAGAAAUGGUCUGACUGGUCGAUAUUACUGGGAGGUGGAGUGGAGAGGGAAGGUUGAUUUAUCAGUGAGUUACCGAGGAAUAAAAAAGAAAGGAAGCAGUAAUGGCUGCAGGUUUGGAAGCAAUGAUCAGUCCUGGAGUCUGAGGUGCUCUGAUGACGCCUGUUACCAUGUCUGGCACAAUGACAAAACAGCAUCCAUCUCCUCCUCCUCCUCCUCAGUCUCUCACAGAGUAGGGGUGUAUGUGGACUGUCCUGGUGGCACUCUGUCCUUCUACAGAGUCUCCUCCGACACUCUGAUCCACCUCCACACCUUCAGCACCACAUUCACUGAGCUUCUCUACCCUGGAUUUGGGUUCUGGUCACCUGGUUCUUCAGUGUCUCUGUGUGCAGAUGCAAGAGGUAAACUUACUUGGGAUAGAAAACUUUCAGACAGUGUCCCAGAGAGGUCGAUUACAACUUCCAGAGACACAUUGGACUCGGGAUUCGAGCUGGAUCAUACCACAGAAGAAACAGAUCAGGAGGACGUGAUGGAGUCUCCAACAAGCUUCCAACAUGCAGUUCAAACUGAGUCUGCACGAAUCUUCUACAGUAUGCAGAAGAAAACGAUGAGAUCCACAGACACCUUGGACUCUGGAUUCGAGCUGGAUCAUACCACAGCAGAAACAGAUCAAGAGGACGUGAUAGAGUCUCCAACAAGCUUCACGCCUGCAGUUCAAACUGAGUCUGCACAAAUCUGUUACAGUCAGGAAGCAGAGCUGCUGUACAGGAUUGUCCAAUGGGAUGAGGACCUCCUCCAGCCAGCCAAUAAAAAGGCUGCAAGCCCACUUUUCAAUAUUGAGAGUUCAAAGGAUGCAGUCCGUCAGCUUCACCUCCCACACUGUGAACCACAGGAAGCUCUGCUUUCCGACUGUCUGUCUGUAGUCCACAUCUCUGCUGGUAAAAUGAAUUUCUUCAAGCCUAGAAAGAUCACAGACACUCACGUGAUCGUGGAAGUUACUCACCUCUCUUCCUUUGGCCUCGUCUGGAACAUAAAGAGGUUUUGGAACAAGGAGAAACCAGUUUCGGGUCAGGUUUUGCUGUUUCUUGAACCAAUAAACUUCAGAACACAGAGACAAAACCUCAAUGUGCUUCUCCUGACAAGCAACAUCCCAGUGGAAGAGGUCAGGGUGAAAUACAGAGAUGCUAACUUCAUCCAAGCGCCUUCCAAAUGUAAACUCAUCAAAGAUCACAGAUACACUGUUCUCUGUCCAGUUGCCUAUAAAGUCCAGCCUCCAGAAGAAGAUUUUGACCUGGAUUUUGGAACAAACUACCCUCCAACAUUUCAGAUCCGCCUUCCUGCAAACACUGAAGAAGUCACAAUAACAAUCCAAGGCCAAACAAACACAGAUGUCUGGAAAUGCGCAAUUGAUCUACCAGAUACACUUCAAAGAACACACAGUCGGUCGAGGCUCCAGAGCUUCCCACCAGACAAGCAUCUGUUUGCAGUUCGGAAGCAGUUUGUGGAUCAAGUGUCGGAUUCGACUGUGAACCAGCUGCUGGACAACCUGCUCCAACAGGGAAUUAUAAAUAAGGAAGAAAUGGAUUCAGCCAGAAUCAAACCCAGAGCUGACCGAGCUCGAGAUGUGAUCGAUGUGGUGCGAAACAAAGGAGAAGAAGCCAGCUCAUCCCUGAUUGAUGGCCUCCGUGAGUUGGAUCCAUACCUUUCUGAAACCCUGCACCUGAGUUGAGAUAAGCUGAAACCGUUCUUUAAUGAAGUUAUUGUAAAGCCGUACUGUUGUCUGCGUUUGGUAAAUUUAAAAUGAAUGCCUGAUUUUCAUCGUUUGUUUCUUGGUUUUGUAUAUUUUUGUCAUCCGUCUUCCUUGUGAGCGUGCUCAGAGAGAUAAUAAAUCAGAGCUCUAAUUAUUCAGUCCUCUGUCUCUGAUUUAUUUUUAUGGUUUCUUUUUGUUGUUUUUUCCUGAACCUGAAAUAAAACCACUAC